GCACUCAGCCGCUCCAUUUUCUCAUACGAACUGUUUGCUAUUUUUCUCUGCACAAAGAAAAAGAAAGAGACAGGCCAUGGAAUCUACCGAGUUUGAACACUCUCGAAUUGUCUGAUUCUGAAGCUAAACUUUCAUCAAACCGAUCACCACAAGUUGAGAAUUCUUCUGUCCGUUGGAUCUGCUUCAUUUUCCUUCUCAUUGCUGAUGAAGAGUGAAUUCCAAAUUGUGAAUGAAACUGAGCCCUUGUCUGUUUCCUGUAGAUUUUAACUGUAUUAGAGUUGGUAAUAUUUGAUAGUGCCAAGAAUAGAGGGGAGCGGGGGGUUUUCUUCAGCGAUGGGAUUAUGGCUAUUAGCUUCAACUGGGCCACCAAUUAAACGAAGAGCGGGUUUAAGAAUAAAACAGGCGGGUCGAAGUUCAUAUAGCGGCAGCUAGUGGAGGUUUUUUUUUCCUUCUGGUUAAUCUAUAUUUCGUUAGUUUCGAAUUUGUUCUGCAUAUUUGUGUGCUCUGGAAGAGUAAGCGCUCAAGCGAAGGAUGGAGACUUCGGCUCUCAACCAGCUCUUGAGAAGUCUUUGCAGCAAUUCACAAUGGAUUUAUGCUGUGUUUUGGAAGAUUAAGUAUCAUAGUUCAACGAUAUUGACUUGGGAAGAUGGGUAUUGCAAUUAUUCAGAAUUGGAAAAUCAUAUGGGACGCGCAACAGAUUAUGGAAUGAUUAAAGACAGGGAUGAACAUGUUUCGUCAUACUAUGGUGAUUCUGGAAAUUGUUCAGUUGAUGCAGCAGUGGCUGAUAUGUUUUGCCGUCAAUAUGCCUUGGGAGAGGGGACUGUGGGAAGCGUGGCAAAUUCUGGAAAUCAUAGUUGGGUUUUCCUUGAAAAUAUUUUUACCAGCGAUUUAACCUCUGCUUCUAUUUACGAGGGUCCUACCGAAUGGCUAAUUCAAUAUGCAUCUGGUAUCAAGACUAUUCUAUUGGUGCCCGUUCUCCCUUUUGGAGUGUUGCAGCUUGGCUCAUUGCAAAUGGUUACCGAAAAUCUAUCGGUGGUUGCUUCUAUUAAAGACAGAUUCAGUGCUAUUAACUUCAUUGAUGGAAAUGCUACAAGUAUUGCUCCACACAAGGGUGCUUGGCCUCUCUGUGCGUCAGUUGUGCCUAGUCCCUUUGAGAGCUUGGAUGAGCAAGCGAACUUUACCACUUAUAUGAUGGAAGCUCAAAAUCACGGGGCUAUUGAGAAUAUUAAACCACCAGUGCCAACUCUUAAUCCGUCUGUAACCAUUCAAGAUGAACUGACUGUAACUAGAAGAAUUCGGCUGGAAACUCUUCACGGUGAAGGUGACAUGCUAAGGAUUAAUAUGGAAGCGUCAUUUGCUCCACUUUAUCAAUCUAUUAAAGCUGGUGAACUGGAGUUUUCUGAUUUAUUUUCACUGGAAUCACUGCUACCACCUUGCAGUCGGUUGAGAAACGAUGAGACUGGAUUAAUUGAGAGUACACCUCGAAUUGUUAACUCUUAUCCUGUGGACAAUGUAGUUGAACAGCAAUCAGGACAAAAUCUUGUGACCAAGAAAGAAUAUGGCACUGCAGAUAGUUUAUUUAGCUUUCCUGAUGACUGUGAACUACAGAAAGCAUUUGGACCAGCAUUUUUUGCACAGAAACAUACUACUGAUUUCUCAUAUGAUUUAUCUAGCACAAUCAACGAUACAACCUCAAGUGUGUUGAGCAGUAGAGAUUUCAAGGAAGGUGAUAUUGAGCUUCUCCUGGAAGCUAUGAUGCCUGCAUUUCCUAAUUCAGUCGAUACAUUUUCGAAUAACACAAUCAAUGGCAGAAUUGCCCCGGUCGUAAGAAAUUCGAGUCUUUCUGCUAAAACAUGUGAAUCUGAAUCAAGCGCAAUGGUAAUGGAUGAUCCAGCCCUAUGGAUCUUUCCUGAAUCCACGGCGACUGAAAUAGGCAGGAAAACUUUAACUAGUUUGUCGACAUCAAACUCUACAGUCAUCAACGAGCUGGAAGAAAAUGACCGUGACAUCACUCGACAUAGGAAAGGGAUGAAACGUUUCAAUUGUAGCCCUGAGAUCAAAGUUACUUCUAAGACAAGACAAAGGCCAAGGGAUAGACAAUUGAUCCAGGAUCGUAUCAAAGAGUUAAGGCAAAUGGUCCCAAAUGGUGCUAAGUGCAGCAUUGACGGUCUCUUAGAGAAAACCAUAAAGCACAUGCUAUACUUACAACGGGUAACUGAUCAAGCCGAGAAACUGAAGCAACUUGCCCAGCAAGAAGAGGGUUUUGAUUCUGAGUAUUGCACUGAUCUUGAGAAUGAGAGCUUUCAAUCAAAUGGGACAAGUUGGACCCGGGCGUUUGAUAUUGGGAGUGAGCUCCAAGUUUGCCCCAUAGUUGUAGAGGAUCUAGAAUACCAUGGACACAUGCUUAUAAAGAUGCUAUGCAAUGACACGGAACUGUUCUUAGAGAUCGCUCAAAUAAUCCGAAAUUUGGAAUUAACAAUAUUGAAGGGUGUGGUUGAACGCCAUUCAAACAACUCUUGGGCUCAUUUCGUUGUGGAGGCUCCAAGGGGGUUUCAUAGAAUGGAUGUUUUCUGGCCUCUGAUGCAUCUUCUCCAGCGCCAAAGAAAUCCCAUCUCAUGCAGGAUCUGAGGCCACAUCCUCCAUGUCAAGUAGAUAUGAUGGUGAAGUUGAUGGAGAGUGAAACAUUUGUUGUUCAUUAAGUAACAUUUUCCUUGUAAUGUAUAGUCGACCUGCAGAAUUUGAUCAAACCCAAAAGACUGGAAACAUGCACGCAUACGUUUAUUUGCAUGCAACUGAAAUCUGUAUAUAUACUAUAAUCUUAUAAAUAUUAGCUUUUCACCUUUAUGACA